AUGGCUCCAAAAUUACAACAAAAAAUCAAUGAUUACGGCAUUUUGAAACAUCAUAUUAUAUUACGCGCUACGGAUCCAUCUUUUACAAAUGCAAAAACCGGCUCGCAUUUGUGUGACACGAAUGGUUGUGUUUCAACGGAACAUCUCUUUAUUGAGAACUUUGACGUCAAUCUUACGCGGAUUAGGUGUGAAGGUGUAACUUUUCUUAUCCGUCUUGGAAACGAAACAUCACCAGGACGUAUUAUUCAAGCAACACCAUGUCGACAUGGUAUCAAUGGGGAUGAUGACGGUUUCAAAAAUAGUUGUAGAAAAUUAAAAAUUUAUGUUCAAGAUGUUAUUAAGUGA